AUGACCACUAUAUCCCGUCUUUUGGUGGACUCGAUCUUCGAAUCUCGCCACCAAACACUUUCACUCGAAAUGGAAGUAAGCUCAACCAUUAUGAAAGAAGCGAUUCCUCGAAACGCAACAUUUCUUCGCAAAUGCUAUCACAACGGUGGAAAAGUUGGUCAAGCGAUUGACUUCAUUAGUCUCUUUGACACAUUGCAGCUGGAUGCUGAGAAUCUUGCUGUCGACUACAAUGCCGGCGAUAGGUUUGAGAAUGUACCAAGUCCACUGUCUGAUGCUGGCAAUCAUGACAACUACUAUGCCAGACGACUUCGGACUAGGCGUGUUCUACUAAGUUGCCCUGACAACAAGGCCAAACAACCAGAAGAGAAACCCUCGUGUCCCCAGCCAGUCGCCGGCCCAGGCCAGCAGCCCAUCGCUCCGCUGCGGCUGCAUCUGGCCCCGAAUAGUUUGGUGUCCGAGGACUGUAUGUACCUCAACAUUUGGGUUCCGGGCGACAUUAGG